AAAAACCGUAUAAAACUGAGAUUAAUCACAAUUCCUAAUCCUGAACUAUUAAUUUCCGACAUAACUUGAGUAACCAUGAAGACAGUCGGAAUAAUUGGCGGCAGCACCGACCUAGCCACGGUCGAAUACUACAAGCUGAUAAAUGCCCACAUCCGCUCAAAGUUGGGCGGGCUUCACACUGGUGAAAUCAUUAUUAACUCAAUGAAUGUUGAGCGCAGCACUCAUUUUGUGACAAACGAUCUUUGGGAGGAAGGAGGAGAGUACCUGCAUGGAAUAGCGCUCAGCUUAGAGAGAGCUGGAGCUGAUUUCAUCAUUUGUGUUUCGAAUACAUGGCACCGGGUUUCCGAAGCAUUCAUGAAGGAUAUCAAGAUCCCCCUCUAUCACAUUGUCGAUCCUACAGCUCAGUCAAUCCUGGAUAAAAACUUACAGACUGUCGCUUUGCUGGGUACCAAAGCUACUAUGUCGUCAACUUACCUGCCUAACGAAUUCUCAACUCGCUUCGGAAUAAACGUCAUCGUACCAACGGAAGAAGAACAGAAAUAUGUCGACGAUGUGAUUUUCAACGAGCUGGCCAAAUAUCAAUUUAUUGAGGAAUCUAGACAGGGAUACCUAAAAAUCGUCGAUAGCUUGGUCUCUCGGGGAGCACAAGGCGUUAUCCUAGGUUGCACAGAGAUCCCAUUGCUCAUUGAACAAAAAGAUCGACCAAAUAUUCCGAUGUUUAAUACUCUGGAACUGCACGCUAGAGGUGCUGCAGAGAAAGCAUUAUCCGAUUAGAAACAAUUUAUAUAAAAAAGAAAUCGCUGCGUUAUAUAACUAGGCACCAUUUAAUUGCUGAUGAAUGGCUUGGACAUACUGAAAAACAGCUAUCGUGUGCGUAUACGUUAUAAGUGUCUUACAUCAGAUGGCUGUGUGUCGGGCGACUGUUAUAAAAU